GCUGAAACACUCUCAACGCACAUCCAUACACUCGUCACACCAUGUCCGCCACCAGCGCUCAAGCCACUGCCAUCGUGGCAGGGUCUUUCCUAUCCGGCGCAAUGAUGUCUCUCUCCCUCCUAGCCGUUCCAGUGUUACUCGACUCCACCACCGAAGCAUCCCAGCUCUUCUUCCAAUGGACUCGAAUGUACCACUACGGCCAUCAAGCCCUUCCCACCAUGGCCGUGGGCACGUUCCUCCUGUAUAGUUACACGUGCAUCAAACGACGAAGCGAGAAGAAGUCCUGGACCGUGUUUGCGCUCGCGGCGUCGAUGACAUUGAGUAUGCUACCGUUUACUUGGCUCUGUAUGGAGCCUACGAACAGCGAACUGUUCCGGUUGGAGGAGGUGAGCAGGGAUGGGGUUGUUGAGAUGGGAAUGUCGGGGGCGAGGGCGUUGGUGGUGAAAUGGAGUUUGUUGCAUUUCGUGAGAUCGCUGUUUCCGCUUGGAGGGGCGGUUUUGGGGGGUUGUGGGGAUUAUCUGGGGGAGGAUGCGGGUAGAUGGUAAAUAUAGAUGGCGGAUUUAGAUAGAUACAGAUGUUAGAUUUGGAUAGAUGCCUGGG